AUGAGGUAUUUUCUUGGUCUUGAAGUGUUGCAAAAGCCUAAUGGAAUUUUUAUAAGUCAAAAGAAGUAUGUUGCAGAAAUAUUACGAAGGUUUGGGAUGGAGAAUAGCAAUUUUGUGCAUAAUCCAAUUGUUCUUGGUGUUAAGCUUACAAAGGAUGAAGCUGGAGUUAAGGUGGACAAAACCUAUUACAAGCAAGUUGUGGGUAGUCUGAUGUAUCUCACCGCAACACAUCCUGACAUGAUAUUCAUGGUGAAUUUAAUCAGUAGAUAUAUGGAAAACCCCACAGAAAUGCACUUGCAAGUUGCAAAACGAGUGCUAAAAUACUUGAAAGGAACGAUCGAGUUUGGAAUCUUCUACAAGAAGGGAGGAGAUGGUGAACUUCAUGUUUAUUCAGAUAGUGAUUAUGCUGGUGACUUGGAAGAUAGGAAGAGCACCUCAGGUUAUAUUUUUCUGCUGAGCUCAGGAGCUAUAUCGUGGUCAUCCAAAAAACAACCUGUAGUGAGUUUAUCCACUACAGAAGCAGAAUUCAUUGCGGCAGCUUCAUGUGCUUGUCAAGCUGUGGUUAAAAAGGGUGUUGGGAAAAUUGGGCCAGAAUCAAAAUAA